GGGGGGGGGGGAAAGUCAACAUUUGCCCUCCUGCCGGCUGAAAUAAGUUCAGCACUCUCAACUUCGCGGUCCUUUACGCUUUCCACAUCGCACCUCCGUGGAACACGACUCUCAGUGCACCGAAAGCUUUAACUUUUCAACGUCAAAAACCAAACCGCAAUCAUGGCCACCCCCACCCCAGCAACCUGCCAAUCCCAAUUCGAACAAGGCGUUGCCAUCGCCCUGCAUCUCUGGCCCGCUCUCUCCCUCGCCGUGCAGAACAAUUGGGGCGGUCCCGACUCGGCCGACAAACGCGACUGGUUCGCCGGUGCCGUUGUCGACCUCUUUCCCGAUCUGAACAAAGUGCUCGCUCCUGCGUCCGAAAAGCAACAACAACCCUCGAACACAACACAAAAGUCCACCGACGACCAUGAAGAAGCAACAGAAGAACCCGACCAGCUCGACAUCGAGACCGUCCUCCUGCAAGUAAUGCUGGAUGAGUUUGAGGUCAACGUCGACGACGAAUCGGCUUUCGAGGUGGCCGAGCAGAUCCUGCGCGUGCGCCUGGGCUGUCUGAAGGGCAAAUUCGACGAGGUGGAUGCGCUGCGCAGGCGGUUCGAGGGCAAGGGAGGCAACAAGGUGGUGUUCAAGAAGGCGGAGGACCAGGAUAACGACACCGAUUGGGACACGGAUGACGACGAGGAAGUCGACAGUGAUGAGGAGAUGGGCGAGGCGCCGGCGUUGGUUCCUACCACGCAGCAGCCAAAGGAGAAGGUCGAGCCUGAGGUGGAUGAGGAUGGGUUCACCAAGGUCGUGGGCAAGAAGAGGAGGUGAAUUGGUUUUUUGAUCCUCCAAACUUGAAGGUUGAGAGGGAGGUGGAAAGGGCUGCGAGUGUGACGGGAGGAUGAUCAUAUUCCUGGCUCACCCCGGUUCGCUGAACAAAGAAGAGGGCUGGUCAGAAGGAAGAAGCAGAAGGGGGCAUGAGGGAAAGAUGAAGGAGCAAGCAACAUCAACUUGCUCUCUCAGGCUCUGCGC